AUGGUUGCCAUGUACACUAUCUUCGGCCGCCAGAUCGGCUCCCAUUACCUCGCAAUGGGUGUUCUCGCUACCCUAUUCACCGGCAGCUACGUCGGGUUCAGCGGUGGAAGCAAGAAGACUACUCAGACCCCUCCCAUCAACGCAUCAAGCCCCGACGAGGCCGAUUUCAUCCAGAACUUCUUGAAACAAGCCGAUGCGGACGAGAAGGCAGCGAAGCAUUAG